AUUAAAUAGUAGCGGAUGUAAACAAUUGCCAGUCAGUGUCAAAAAUUUCCUCGCAGAGGAACCGUACUCCUAGUGUUUGCGGCGUGCGAAAACUUCAAGCUUCGGGAACCAUGAAGACCCGAUGGAAUCUUGUGGUGACCCUCAGCAUAAUACUACACAUCGUCGCUUUAGCUGGUGCUAAAGCAAUCAUCGACCAGAAAGCAGAGGAAACACAAAACAGUAAUGUUCAGCAGGAGUCGAUCAACGCCCAGAAACGGCUGGGCUACGAAUACCCAGUACCGGUGGUCCCCGUAACCUUCGACGAACAUCAGGUCCAACCAGAGCCGGUCGUGGAGAACCUCCAGGUGGAACCAGUAGUUGAGGAUCACCUACAUCACCAUGAGGUUGAGGAUCACCAUCACGAGCAUCACGACCCUGGUUUUUGGAAAAAGAAACUAAUCUGGAAGGAAGGGUGGAAAAAAAUAUGGAAACCCGGAAAGAAACAAAUAUGGAAGCCAGACUGGAAGAAAAUCUGGAAACCCAUCUGGGUACCGACGCAGAUUCCGGUGUGGAAGGAUAUUCAGGUGCCGGCUUGGAAACAAAUAUGGAAACCGGUAUGGAAGGAAAUUCAAGUUCCGGCCUGGAAGGAAAUACAUGUGCCGGAUUGGAAAAAAAUAUGGAAACCAAUUUGGGUACCAAUAAAAGUGCCGUCAUGGAAAGAAAUCCAAGUACCAGCGUGGAAGCAAAUUUGGAAGCCAGUCUGGAAGGAUAUCCAGGUGCCCGACUGGAAGGACAUACAAGUCCCGGCGUGGAAACAAUACUGGUACCCGGCUUGGGUUAAAGUUGGAAUACCUGGUGAGAAGUAUUUGGGUAAGGAUCACGAUGGAUGGGAAUAUACCAGUCACGACCUAUGGAAGAAAAAAUUAGUCUGGAAAUCGGCGUGGAAGAAGAUUUGGAAAACGGAACAAAAACAAAUUUGGCGAACGGAAAAGAAGUUAGAAUGGAAGGCCGCAUGGAAGCAGAUUUGGCGCCCGGCUAAAAAACAAAUUUGGGUAGAAGAUAAAAAACUAGCGUGGAAAGAAGCCUGGAAGCAAGUUUGGCGUACUGAGAAGAAGCAGGUGUGGGUUCCUGAGAAGAAACUCGAGUGGAAAGCAGCCUGGGUUCAGAUUUGGAAGCCAAGCAAGAAACUGAUCUGGGUUCCAGAUAAGAAACUUGAAUGGAAAGAAGCGUGGAAGCAGAUUUGGGUUCCUGGGUGGAAGGAAAUUUGGCUACCAGCGUGGAAACAGAUUUGGAAACCUGUAUGGAUCUCCGAAUGGUUCCCCUCACCGGAUCCACAUGAGCAUCAUCACCACCAUGAAAUCGAACAUGGCUGGGAUCGUAAGGGCAACGCCGAUUCAAAAGUGGUGUUCAAACGUAGCGAGUCCGUGUCCGCCCAGCCAAAAGCCGUAGAGGCCGUUCCUGGGGCAGCGGUCAAUAUUACUCCAGCGGUAGUGAAGACCGAUACGACGGAGAAUAAAUCCGAUUUCCGGUUUCCCUCAUCCUAAUUGUUAUUGAAAUCUAGAUUCUAAGAAACUAAGCUUUAGCCUUUUUGUACACAAAGUCAUCUAGUUUUUAACUAGAGUUAUCCCAGUAUUUAAAUAAUGUUAGGUGCGUCCACGGUUGAAAAUGUGUAAAUAUUACAAAAGCUCUAGUGACAAACUUUAAUCCUACCCGGAUGAUGUGAAGUUUUCGCCUCGAUAUCAUUUGUAAGAAAUACUCACUUUCAUCCAUAAAAAAGUGAUAUCCAUAUCGUUUAAAGCUGCCGGGCGCUCCAUUGACUGGAGCGUGUGAAGUGCGGUAGCUUCGUGAUCGCCAUCCAUGCUAACGUUACGUAUCUUUAAGAAUGUUUCUUUAUCCAACUGCUGUAAUCCAUUAAACUAUCGAACGGUUCGAUAUCAUUUGUCGAUUGAA